AGUGUUAUCAGUGAUAUCAAUAAUAGUCAUAAUUGGUUAUAUAUAAUGCCAAAAUAACAUCUGUGAUAUAAUGACACAGCUUAUUUGAGUUUUGCAUCCUCGAAGAUUUGUGGUCGUGAAGUUCUUACCUACCGAUGGUGACGAAGAUGAAUAUUACGAGGUAGCUCUCUCAAAAUGGAUUCAAGAUUUAGAUGAAAAUAUGAUCGGGAAUAUACUCUGGCCAGGAGAUAAUUCUGCAGCAGGAAUGUUAGUUCGAACUCAAGCAAAUGCGCAAUCAAAUUGGUCCACUUAUAUAGUGGAAGUUAAAAGAUACUAUGAUACAUACUUUAAUGCACGAAAAGGAUUGACAGGAAUAAUGGAAUAUGCCUCAGCCUAUGAGACUGAUACUGGAAAAGAAAUGGGAAAAGGAAAAAGGAAGAAAAAAGUUAAACAAAUUUCAUCUUCAUCAGAUGAAUCUGAUCAGUGUAUAGAAAAUCAAUCUAAGAAAAAAAAGUCAAGCAUUUCUUCACCACCAGCAAUUCAUGUUUCUGAGGCUUCUAUUUCACUUAAUAAGAUUUCUGGUCAAAAGUGCAAAAAAUAUAUUAUUCAAAAUUCCUCAAACGUCAAAGAAUUGAAAGUUGCGAAACACUUAGGUAAAUCUUCAUCAGAAAAUAAUUGUGAGGAAUUGCUUGAAAAAAUUAUAAAUGAAAAGAAAAAGGCUAUGAAGAAUACUGAGGAGAAAAAUAAAGCUAUGUUACUCAGUGCAUCUUCAAAAGUUCUACAAUCAUCACAAAAGCAAUCUAAAUCUGAACUUGGCACCUCUUUUUCUGGACAUUAUAUGAAGAGUUCAUGUACAUUCGAAAAUGUGAAAUCUCCAGAGAAGACUCUAUCUAAUAAUCUCAGAGAACUAAAUAAUAAUGCUAAGACAAAGACCAGAGAAAUGGUCAAAAGCUUUAAAAACUCCACAUCUUCUGCAGUUUCCUCACAAACUUCAUUAUGUGCUUCAGAAGAUCAGUUUACAUUACUUCUUUCUGAAAAAGAACCAUUAAUUGUGAGCCCAAAAGUGUCCAAUAUUUCAAGGCAAUCUGACGAUUCACGUAGAAGUCUACAAGAAUCUCCCUUGUUAAAUAUGGAAUUAAAGGAAAAGUGUAAGCAGAUAAACCCUUUGUUUCAGUCACCAGUGAAAGUUGAUACUUUGGUACCCGCACAGGAAGAGCGUAGCCCACUUUCCUCUAAAGAAAAUUUAUAUCCACCAUCAUGGUAUGCUUUGCCAUCAUUUUCAUCACUCAUAUGAGGGAUGUUUUUCCAUCGUUUUCAUCACUCAUUUAGACAUUAUACUUCUCAUGAAUUUGAUGUCACUUUGACAUUUUGACUAGAUUGUUUUCACUGGGUUAUUCCUUGAAACGUCAUUUUUUUAGGCAUAUUUCAAGACGUUUUUUCCUUUUAUCAAAUAUAUUUAGGUGUCUGCAGACGUUGACAUAUAAGGCUCUCAUGUAUAUGUUGAUUAUAGGUUGUUAAAUUAAAUAGUCAAACUAAAUGCAAAAAUUUUGUACCAUUUUCCAAACAAUUAUGCAAUAUUUUCAGUUAUUAAUUAAACAAUAUUGGUAAUUGAUUGCACAUAAUUACAUACCAAUCUUCUUUAAUUAAAAACUAAAAUUUUACAUAAUUCCUAAAAUUAUACAAAAAUUUUUUAUUCAAUUUGACCUAAAGUACACUUACACGAGAGUUUCAUAUGCAUCGUCAAACAUCCUAUGUAUAUAUUAUAUAUAAAAUAACAUUUUAUUACAACUUGUACAAGUGAUAAUAACUUAUGUCAUUUUAUGUUAAUACAUUUUCAGAUAAUAAACGUUUUAUAAAAUUUGAAAAAAAUUUGGAAAACAUUAGUAGCAAGCUUGACGUUGUUAUUAUGAAUCAAGCAAACUUAAAUAGAAGUCUGCUUCCAAAACAAGCUGUCAUCAAUAGACCUUCAAAUUUACCUUCUCUGCCUCUGAGUAAUAUAAAAAGUCUUAAAGAGUUUGAGAAAUUUUUAUCACAAGAUGUAAAUCUUUCAGCAGCGUGCUACUAUUUAAAGAGUUUGGCUUUGGGGACUAAUGAGAAAAUUGCAACGUCAAAACUUAUGGCCAAAUUGAUGACCAAUUCUUUAGCUAUACAUUUUAAUUUUGAUGGUCAUAAUUCUCAGAAUGCUACGAAAAUUAAAAGACCCUUUAAAGAGCUGAAACUGUGGGAAUUAUUUCAAGGAGUGAUGCUAUUAAAAUUUCCGGAUAGUGAUUUAUCAGAAGCUUUAAACGCAAUUAGAAGUUGGCUACAAAAUGCUGCUGGGCGUAAACACGAUUAAAAUUUUAUGAUUUUUAAAAAUGUGCAAUUUGUAAAGCCUUAUGUUAUUGGUUCUCUUUUUUAUUUUAUUGCACUAGAGCAACUAUAUAAAAGUUAAAUGCGACUAUUUGUUAUUACUUUUUUAAACGGGUUUCAAAACGGUUUAAACAAUUAUACUAUACUGAAAAUUUGUACUAGUCGUUUUUAUAAAUGUAAUUCAUAAAUUUUUAAUUUUGAUAAUAAAUGCUAUGUUCACGAAGCCAUAUACAGUAUAGUAGAAUUGUUUAAACCGUUUUGAAACCCGUUUAAAAAAGUAAUAACGAAUAGUCGAAUCGGGCAGCGUACAAAAUCAUACUGUUUAUUUUCCGUUAUUUUCCUUAUAAUUGUUUAUUUACGUAUUAAGGAAGAUUUGUUUUUACUUGAAAAAAUUUUUUAUGUGCAAGUAUUUGUGUUAAUGUACUGCGUACUCUGUCAAAUAUGAUACUGUCGAUAUUGUUAUUAAUUUAGGUAUAAUUGAAAUAUAUAUACAGAUAAAGUUAUGUAAAAUAAAAAAUUUUUCUGCACCUGUCGUUUAAAAAAUAAUUAAUAUAAUUCCAAUCAAAAUACUAAGCCGUUGCAGUACCGAAUGCAGCCAUUAUAUUCAGUAGAUGUCUAUUAGAUGUUUUACAGACGUCGAUAUUAACAUCUAGAUAGCGUCGAAAUUCAAAGAUUUGAACGUCUACAUAGACGUCAAAUUAGAUCUUAUUUAGACACAUCUAAAAGACGUCGAUUCAAUGUCUAUCCGACCUGUCAUUUCCCCCUGGGGUGUACACAUUGUAAAUAAUUUUUUUUUUUAUUUCACAAUAUACCGCACUCAAUAUAAAUAUACUUUUGUGACAGAUCUAUGUGAUCUGAUUGUUGUCAACGUAAAGUCGCGUUGCGCCGCGCCACGCCGCUGUCGCACUCUAUUAGGGUUGGUUCACAUUUGGUCUGUUCGUUUUCGCUGCACUGCUGCACUGAUGCAAUAAGUUAGAAUAAAGACAAAAUUCAUUUGUCUUAUUCUAACUUAUUGCAAUAGUGCAGCAGUGCAGCGAAAACGAACAGACCAAUUGUGUCAGUGCCGGCUCCUAUCGUUGCCAAUACGUACCGUAUAGUGAACCCACACAACACACGGACGUCCUUCGGAUAUCCUAUAUGUGUCCUGAAAAGUCCUGUUUAUGUCCUCGUAUUUCGGAUGUCCGCGGGAUAUCCGAAGUACGUUAUCCGGACGUCCCGUUAAAUCGCAACUACAACAGGAUGUCCGAAAGACGUGUUCCGGAUGUCCUAAAAUAUCGUAGUAUAAUGUAAUAUAAAUAAUUAUCGUGAAGAUAACAAUGCUAUAAUAUAAUUUGUAUUCUAUAUCUUAAUAAUUAAUAAAAUUUAAAUUUUAUAAAAUUUAUA